AUGAUUGCACAGCAUGGAGUCAUGUGCCCAUGGGUGGCAGAUCUGUUCUCUUGGUUCCAUCGGGAUUGUAACCGCUUGCCGUCCGCCUGUUGUGAAAGGAUGGACGGCAAAGUCCUGUUCUCCGACAUGGUAAAAGAUCGCCCACUGCACUCGUCCUGGGAUAUAAAAAUGAAAGGGCGCCAGGAAAAGAAAAUGGAAAAGAGAGAGCGUCGAGAGGAUAAUUUGAGACGCCGUCUGGAAAAUGAGCGCAAAGCUGAAAUUGUGCAAGUGAUAAGUAACCCGGCGAAACUGAAGCGAGCCCGCAAGAAGCAGUUACGGAAUAUAGAAAAGAGAGACACGCUCAUGAUGUCCAAGGCUGGGAAGAGGAUGUCACAGAAAAAGACAGCGCCUUCAAGGGAUGCAGCAAAAAAGAAGUCUGCUGCCAGCUGAGAGAGACUUCAGUGGGCUUUG